AUGGCUGCUCCAACGUAUUGGCGCCCAGCAAGCCCUCAAGACGGCAGCGAGCCAUCCUACAUCGACUACGAGACAUUCUUAUCACCCGACUUUUCCGCAACCUCUUUUGCGAAUUCCCUAGUUCUGGCCACAAAUAAUCCCCAAGAUACGCCUCUAGACCUCUCCACGCCCCUGUCCCGUGUUCUCUUUGACGCGCAAGAGAUUGACUCACACAUCGACCUUCUCACGACCCGGUCGGCCGUUCCCCUCCUAGAGCACACAGGCUCGCAAACAGCGUCCAGUAAGAGAAUAAUCAAUGAGCUCGAUGCCCAGCUGAGCAGCCUGAAUGGUAGCUACAAGCAACUCGAGAAGGAGGUUAUCGAUAAGCAUGCUGAAGCCGAAGAGGUCCGUCAAGUUGCGCUGCGCUUGUGGGAGACACUUUCGCUCAGUCAAUCAGCUGCCAGAUGUUUUCAGCUGGGCAAGACGUUGGAGGUCCAAACAGCAGAGCUUGGAAGCUCUGGCUUCGAUGAAGACCACAGCGCGCUAAUACGCUGCUCUUAUACAAUAUUAUCACUACGCGAGAUUCUGGAUAGCAAGGCGCCUGGAGAGGAAGGCCACGACCUCCAGAAAGUCGAUGCAGUCCGCAGUCUCCAAGAUACUGUCAUGAAGCCAAUCGAAAGAUCCGUCCGCGAAACAUCUGAGCGAUACGUCCGCGAGUUUCAAGUACCUGAAAUAAUGAGCUUUGCCCAAGUUGAGCAAGCCAGAGCAAGGCUCACGUCCGCCCUCACAUCACUUUAUUUACUAUCGCCCACACUAGGUUCAAAGGCCGAGAAAUGGACUCCGCGACUGCUGGUUCAAGCCCUCGAUACGUACAUAAGAUCGUCUUUGCAGACAAGUAUUACUACGUUAGCGCGCUCUCUGGGCCAGCUUUCCAGCCUCGACAAAGCUCUUGGAGAAGUCACAACCAAGUGCCAAACUAUUGUGGCCUUGGAGCUUAUACUAGAUGGAAUUAGGCCACCAGCUCAUCCCUUGCUCGCCGUAUCACCCGGUUCUCAUAUGCCAAAUCUCCUCCAACCUCUGUUGGGCCAGCUGGAAACAGGCUCGCUGGCAUCAUACUUUUGGCGGACUAUGGCGGGUAGCCUGUCUACACGUGUGCAAGACAUUGUCGCCCGUGGGGGUGUUGUUGCUAGGACACUCAAGGCCAACAAGAACAACGUCGGCGAUGCAAUAAGACAAUCUGUGGGUAGAGGUUCUCGACUUCCUUCAUCGUUCGUCGGACCUAAAACAAAGGCCAAAUCGGACAUUAGUUGGGAUAGAGAAAUCGCUGUGAUGGUUGGUAGUGUAGUCAACAACCUUGGCAGGUGA